AUGAAUUUACAUAGACACACGCUAGAGAAUGAAGUUUGCAAAGUAAGUACCACACUAAGGAGGGAUACUUGGCUCCUGGUUACCUUCGACAGAGGAGGUGGGAAGAAGAAGGUCAAAGCCAUCGCAAGAGCUCUCCGACAUGUAGAACAGGCAUCGUGGACUCCCGGGCGGCGGAGGUUCAGCCAAAUUAGCGCUACACGCCGUGACUCGAUCCAAUUCCCGUUGACGCCUAAUGAAAUACCUGGACUCAGCAGUGUAACGCAGCGUCAUGCAGGUGAUCGGGCAAUCCAGGCCGCGCCGGAACGGUCACCGCUUCGAACUCCAGCAUCUCGGUUCGACCAGACUGAAGGAUAUGGAAGCAUUGUACCACCACGACCGAGCCACACAGUUUCUCCCUCUUUAGUUCCUUCCUCACUUCAGCUUCCUGAUCCCGCAAUUGAUCCAGAUGACAACUAUUUUACGCCCCGGAAUGAAUCAUCUACUCUACACAACGAUGGGCUUCUGGCACCCUAUACAAACAAGCAAAAGAAUCUUCACCCUGGACAAAGUACACAAUCCGGGCGUAGAUCAUUACGGAAGCAAAGAAGAGAUCGCCGACCUACAAUUGGUACCCCUGGCCCAAGGCCUUCGUUUAUCCACCGAAUGUUCUCAUCUAGCCCAGAAUAUGAAAAUUCUAAAACCCAAGCACCCGCACGAGAGCAGGCUCUUGCAGAACUUAAAACUAAGGAGGCCGAGUUUUUCGCUUUCAUGGACAAAGAGCUGUCAAAGAUCGAAACCUUUUAUAAGUUAAAAGAGGAUGAAUCGACUAAGAGGCUGCAAUUACUCAGAGAUCAGCUACAUGUCAUGAGGGACUUACGACUUGAAGAAAUCAGGUCGAAGAAAAACCAAUCAAAAUCUGAAUCUGGAGAGGCCAAGAAUGGCAUCAAAGGCCCCGCUGGCCAGACCGCUGCCACCUGGACUAGACCUUUGGCCCGUGGUAGAGGCUCCCAUAUUGGUAAGACAACUAAGGCAAUGGCACAAUUAGCAACACCUAGCGGCCCAGUACCACAGACAAUGCCUGACGAGCAGAGAGAUUUUGUCACCCGCAAGGAAUACCAAAGUGUACCUUAUACCUCUGCAAAGAGGAAACUAAAGCUUGCCCUUUUAGAGUUCUAUCGCGGCUUAGAACUGCUUAAAUCAUAUGCCGAUUUAAACAGAAAGGCAUUUCGAAAGAUGAAUAAAAAGUAUGACAAGAUUGCAUACGCCCGCCCCACUGGGAGGUAUAUGACUGAAAAGGUCAAUAAGGCAUGGUUUGUACAGAGUGACAUUGUUGAGAACCAUUUAGUUGCGGUUGAAGAUUUGUAUGCCCGUUAUUUUGAACGAGGGAACCGCAAAGCUGCCACUCAGAAACUGCGUGGCAAAGCAGGAUUUCCAACGGACUACUCCCCAAAUUCGUUCCGAAAUGGGCUACUGCUAGCUGGGGGACUCGUAUUCGGUGCGCAGGGUGUUGCCUAUGCAAUUGGUCACCUGUUCAGCCAUGAAAUAGACGUCAAGACAGAAACCAGUUAUCUUCUUCAGGUACAGAAAACAGAUACCUCUACUACGAUGGGAGACUCUUCUAACAUCUAUUUUCUCAAGAUAUACGGCGGAUACUUCCUUAUUCUUGUUCAUUUCUUUCUCUUUUGUCUGGACUGUAGAGUUUGGACUCUAUCAAAAAUAAACUAUAUUUUCGUUUUUGAAUAUGACACCCGCCACGUUUUGGACUGGCGCCAACUCUCAGAGCUACCAUCUCUGUUUAGCCUUCUCUUGGGGCUAUGCAUGUGGCUAAACUUCCGCUGGGUAAACUCAUUUUAUAUAUAUUGGCCUGUGGUCUUAAUUGGCCUAACCGUCGUUACGUUAUUUCUACCCGCGCGAAUUCUUUACUACCGAAGCAGGCUUUGGUGGGCAUACUCGCAUUGGCGGUUGCUCCUUGCAGGCCUUUACCCGGUGGAAUUUAGAGACUUUUUCCUAGGUGACAUGUACUGCUCCCAGACCUAUGCCAUGGGGAACAUUGCACUCUUCUUUUGUUUGUAUGCAAAUGAAUGGAAUAAUCCGCCCAUGUGCAAUUCUUCACACUCCCGCGUAUUCGGCUUCUUGACUACAAUCCCGUCCAUAUGGCGUGGAUUCCAGUGCCUUCGCCGUUACUAUGACACUCGAAAUGCGUUUCCCCAUCUCGUUAACUUCGGGAAAUACUCUUUCUCUAUCCUUUACUACCUAACCCUCAGCUUAUACCGUAUCGAUAAGUCAACCACCUUGCGCGGUAUAUUUAUCACCUUUGCCUGCCUCAACGCCAUAUAUGCAUCGGUUUGGGAUUUAGCCAUGGAUUGGAGUUUAUGCAACCCUUACUCCAAGAACCCAUACUUACGUGAUUUCCUUGGUUUCCGACGCCGAUGGGUAUACUAUGUCGCAAUGGUAAUCGACCCUAUACUACGCUUCAAUUGGAUUCUAUACGCCAUAUUUAUACAUGACAUACAACAUUCGGCUGUUCUGAGUUUUGCCGUUGCGCUCUCUGAAGUGUGUCGUCGUGGAAUGUGGACUAUUUUCCGUGUCGAGAACGAACAUUGCACAAACGUCGGCAGGUUCCGAGCUUCAAGAGACGUCCCACUGCCAUAUGACAUAUCAAUGACCGUAUCCGAUGAAGAAGCAAUAUCUUCCAUACCCGCUGCAUCUACCUCAUACAAGGACCGGGAGUCAAAGGCUUCGCCUCCACACGCCCUCGGACGCAUACCAACAGGUGGAACCGCCGUGUCGAGCGGUGCUGCUACACAAAUGCCUGAUCUUGAGAGCGGUGAUGGUGGAGAUGAAUCCACGAGCUCACUUCGACACCGACGCUAUUCGCAACGAGAAGGAGGUACUCCUCCCAGCGGAACAUUGGCUCGGGUAGGCACCAUGUUAGCCACAGCGCACGCUCAAGACUUUGAAAGAAAGAAACGGCCUAGCAUACUUGAUGAUGGGAAAGAUAGCCCGAAUAAUGGCACGAGUACGGAUGAAGAGGAGGAGGAAGAGGAAGAAGAGAACGGCGGUAAUAAUGUUAAUGAAAAUGGAUAUGAGGCUCAUAUUUCGGAGGAGUCUGAUCAAUCCAGCAAUAAUAGGGAGGGCAGGUCAGGAGGUAUCAGUGCUGGUUUGCGUAAUUCUGGCACUUACAGCAGCAGAGCGAGUCGACAUGCAAUGUAG